AUGGCAAGCAUUUCUGUGCCGCCACUCCCGCAGCAAGAAGAGACUGUUUCCAUACGGUUGGUGAAGCAUGAAGAGGAAGUUGGUGUUCCUCCUAACGAACUUGGUUCAGCAGACACAGCUACUGAUCAGAAGGAGCAAUCUACAUCGGAAAUAAGAGACUAUGUGUACAGAAGUCCUGGGAUAAAACCUGAGAAGACAGAUAUGAUUAAAUCCUUUGUGACAGAUCAGGAUGCAUCUAGAGACUGUGAACUAUAUCUACCUGUGUCUAGUAAUUUUUCAGCAAUGGAGUCAUCUGAGGACAGUGAGGAGGACAUGUAUCGUGAUGCAGAAGAAAUAGAGAGAGAGAAAAUACUACUUUGUGAGACAAGCUCUUCAGAACAUAAACUGAGUGUUGCACCGGAAAUAGACAUCAUGGAGUAUUGCAGAAAAGAAUGGAGAGGAAAUACACCAGUAGCAAAAAGGAUGAGAAAGGGAUACGAAGCAGUUGCUCAGAAGUUUGCAUCUAUAAGGAGAGUACGAGGUGACAACUACUGUGCUCUCAGAGCAACUCUUUUCCAGGCACUAAGCCAAGCUACACAGUUACCAGGCUGGCUACAGAGUGAGGAUUUUACUAUGCUCCCUGAAAACUUGCUGAGCAAGUAUGACUGGAUCAAGCAGUGGCAGCUAAAACAGAAACUGGGCAGGAAGAUGGGAGAAAUAAGUGAUGAAAUUAAAGAAUAUUUAAUACUUCUGAGGAAAAAGUGGAAGAAUAUAAGUGAAAUCAAGCGUCCUGUUGAGAAACAAGAAGCUUGUGAUAAAUUGUUUAAAAAUGAAGAGGAGGAGUAUAGUCUCUAUGAAGCACUUAAGUUUUUGAUGCUUAACACCGCCAUUGAAUUAUACAAUGAUGAUAAAAAUGGAAGGAGAGUUCCUGUCUUCUCAUGGUUACUGUUUGCACGGGAUACAUCUAGCAACCCUCGUCAGUUAAUGCAUAAUCACUUGAAUCAUAUUGGUCACAGUGGAGGCCUUGAACAAGUGGAAAUGUUUCUCCUUGCUUAUGCUCUGCAGUAUACCAUCCAAGUGUAUCGACUGUAUAAAUACAGUACUGAUGAAUUCAUCACACUUUAUCCCAGUGACCCAGAGGAGGACUGGCCUGUGGUGACUCUCAUAACUGAAGAUGACAGACAUUAUAAUAUUCCAGUCAGAAUGUGCCAAGAGACUAUGCUGUAAACAGGUGAUUUUUGGCAGACAAACCUGUGCUGCUUAUUGAGGUUUCCAGGGCUAUUCUGAAACAGGAUGAUGAUGAAAUAUGCGUUAUUAAAUCUAGAACAAUUUGAAAUCCAUGUUUUAGAAGUUUACAUCUGAAAUAACAUAUCAAAUAGGUACUAUCUUAAAGAGUAAAAAUUUUGAAAGUAUGGCUUUUGUUGCCCACAAAAAAACCCAACUUCUGCAGUCCUGUUUUUUUGAAGGGCUUACUCUGAAUAGGAAUGCAAAAACUGUAGAUUUAUUUCUUAUAAGACAAUAGGUGAGGCUCUGUGGUAAGACCUGAGCUGACCUUCUGCUCUCUAAAACAGUGAGAUAACUAUGAAUUCAAAUCUCUGGAAAAGUAAGCUGACGGUGUCCUGAAUAAUAUUUGUAAUACUGCUUAGAAGCAAUUGUUUACAAAUCUUGGGUCUCAGGAAGUAGUAUCAUUCUUUUGCAGUUUGGAAUUUAAUGCCUGCCAUGGUUUAUGCUAUAAGACAAAUGUUAUUUAAAAUUUUCUAAUGCUUUGGGGUUUUCUUUUCUGGCAUAAAUAUCUCUUAUUUGGAAGCCAGUUGUCUGUUACACUGAAAAUGAAGAGCUCUUCCCCUUUCAACCUCUUGAGAGGAUCACGGCAAAGAGACUUGAUAAUAAGGGAGUAUAAAAGUUGCUUUUUAGUAGGUCACAAAUUCAAAACCUACACAGCAUCCCCUCUUUUGUAAUGAUAGCUAUAUGAGAGAAAAACAUGUGCCCACUAGCUUCCAUAUCUGUUCAUGUUACUGUUCCUGUAAUAUUAAACCUGGCUGCUAGCUGCUUUAGAGAACAUCGGGAGUUUAAUUUGUCCAGGGAGUGCAGUAGGUGGAAGUAAACUUGUGGUGCAGCUUCACCACUCUUGGGAAGAGUAUGUGGCAGGUUCUGUUUCUGCUUAGAAUUUUUCAUUAUGCUUUAAGUUGAAGGAGUAUAGAAUAUAUUAGAUGCUGGGAGUGCUGACAUGCCUAA